CAACUACUAUUGUAGAAGGUAGUAAGUCUAGAAUGACUAGUACACAAUUAAGCCCUGUUAUUGCGUUCACGGGAGCGUUCGAGAGAGUCAAUUUCAAAAAUUGGAAGAUAUCUGUAAUCUAUUAGGUAAAGACUGGGUUGCGUUGGCUUAUGAGUUAGGUGUGAGUGUUGCGACAGUUAAUCAAAUUCAAGCGAAACGUAUUACUGCGGCAGAACAGGCACAGCUUAUGCUCAAACUUUGGAAGACUCAAUCUGGAACUAAAGCACAGGAUAACUCAUUAGAGCUCGCAUUAUGUCGUAUCGGGCGGGACGAUAUCAUAGCUCCACAAUCAGAAUUGACUAAUGAACGGAGAAUACAGAGGAAUAUUUAUCAAGAAAGACAAGCAUCAGAAGAAAUUGAAGCAUACAAAGCAGAAGAAGAUAAUAAACUUAAAGAGAACAUUUACGAUGAUGAUGAGAUUACAGAGCGUGUGCGCUCAGAAGAUUUAGACCAAGACGAAGCAAAAUAUUCACCAGAGGAAAAAUCUAUAGUAGAUAAAAGCGACAUGGACCGUACACCUACACCGAGUGAGGAAAGCGAAGAUGAUGAAGACGUUAAACGCAGUGUCGCUGAAAGGAAGGAACAGAUAACGAAGAAACUAAGCUCUAGUAAGAUACCUUCUUCUAAACAAAAGAAAGAAUUGCGAGAAGAGAUCAUUGAAAUUAAGACGCAAAUAAAACCAGAUAUAAAGAAAUUCCAAGAUAUUGAGCAACAGGUUAAAGCGGAAUCAAAAUUAGAGCAAAUGCGGUUUAAAACAUCACCAGAUUCUACUGAUACUAGGAUUGAUAAAGUGGUGUCAGUACAAAAAGAACAAACUGUAGAAAUAAGCAAAGAAGAAAUAAAACAAGAUCGAACAACUGAACAAUUCAGAAAGUUUGAUCCUUCUUCGCCAGCAAAACCAACACCCAAACAUUUGCAACGGCAUAUGCGUAACGAGUCGAUGAGGUUCCCAUCUGGUGAUUUCUCAAAUGUAACCAUUACACCGCGAAAGUCUAUAACUACCGAAACGACAGAAACAAAACAAAGUAUUGAAAGCAAAAUUGAAACAUUUACCAAGGAAACUAUUUCCCAAAAAGAAAUAGACAGUGCCAGAGUUGAAGAAAAAUUGGAUGAUGGAGAUAGAUCACCAGAACUAGUGAUGCACGAAGAGAAAGAUAUAGCUGAAGCAACUUUGAAAGAUAAAAUUAAUGCAUUUGAAACGAAAAUAUCAAAAGAACCUCCUGUACCUGAUACCUCUAAAACCAUUAAACUAACUAAAGAAGCUUUGAAAAGGCAUACACAGGAACAAGAAAAUGGGAUGGAAUAUACUCAAGCAUUUGUUCGAGAUCAAGCUAAGCAGUUAUCGAGUUUAGAAAGUAAAAAAAUAUUAAUUGAGACUGAAAAGCAGACUGCAACUGUAAAAUCUGUAAGAGAAACAAUUCAAAGGUUUGAUUCAAAAAUCAAACAUGAAGAUCAAUUCAAACAGUUUCCUAAAGCCGUGAGAACAGACUCAACGCUGGUACAAGUUUCAUCUGAAGAAGAUAGUGAAUUUUUAAAGAAAUCUACUGACUCAGAAACAGAAACUGAAUCACAAACUACUGUUAAAGUUGAAAAAGAUAAAAUAACGAAAUUUGAAACGCAGAUCGAUAAUAUCCUAAAGAAACCUGAUUCAAAGGAUACAAAUGGAGUUAAAAAGAAAGAUAGUGAUGAAGAUAAAAAAAAUGAAGACGAUGACAGAAAAGAUGAUGAAAAAGUAAGUAUAGAACAUGAACUUGAGAAAUUAGUGACUGAUGAUAAACGAUUAAAAAUUAACGAUGAAGAAGUUGUUGAAGUUCUUGAAGAAAAAGAUAUUUCCACAGAAGAACUAACUAAAGAAAAGGUUGAAGCUCAACAAUCUAUAGCUAGCACAAAAUCAGAUUUAAGUAAACAUACCAAAACAGAUUCAGUGGGAUCAGAUAUACAAGAUAUUCCAGGAAGAAAAGUAUCCCAAGAAUCUCCGCUACCGUCUGGUAUUGAUAAAACUGAUUCUUUAGCUGAUUUACAACAAAGCACCGAAAGAGAUGUUAGUUUUGUCUCUCAAACGGAAUCUAAGAUUUAUUCCAAAGACUCCAAACAUAGAAGUGAUUCAUUAGAUGAAGCUUCACAGUUUUCCGAUUUAGACGAUCAAAUAGGCAUGAGUCCUGCUCAUAAGCCGUCAUCAGAAAGACCAUUAAAAGAAGAUCGAAUAAUGGAAUCCGAGGAACAAAUAAGUAUUAUUGAAACGAGUAGAGAUCAAACACUUGAAUUUCUGAAGUAUGAAACUGAACAUAGUGCCCAAAUUCAUUCAACUUCUCUAGCGCUUAAAGAUUCAGAUAAGGUACCCACUAAGGAAUCUCCCGUGAUAAGUGCUAAAGCACGUCAAUUUAUAGAAACUGUACCUGAAGAUGACUCUGUACAAGAAUGUUUCUUUUCCAAACGUAUUUAUUCUGACUCUUUAGAAGAUUCAGACCAUACAGAUUCUAGACGUCAUUCAGAAGCAGACUCGUUAAAAUCAGAUCAAUCAGAUGUUAAAGCUAAAAUAUCAUCUUCUGAUUUUGAUGAGAGGGCAGAGUAUGAAGGAACAGCUGACUCUGGUAGUGGUUUUGGUGAUGAAAAGUUUGAAGAAAGUAUCGGUUUUACUUCGAUAAAAAUUGAUCCAAAGGUUUUGGAAUCACAAAAACAAGACUCUGAUUCAGGAUCAACACAAUUAGAUGAAACCGAUGAUCCGGAUAUUGUAUUUAAAAAGAUGGCACCAAAACGUCACUCCCGCACUGAAUCUGUUUCCAUAUCUAAGCUAAGUGAUUUGCAGGAUAUAAAAAUCCCUGUAGCCAAACAAGAGUUCCAAAUGAUUGUAACAGAAGCUGAUGAUAUUGAUAAAUCUUUUGACAAGGAUGAACCAUCAGAUAAAAUUUCAUCUGAAAGUAGUAGAGAAAUUGAAAUAUCUGAACGAAAAUCUUCAGAUGGAAUUUCAGAUAGAAUAAGCUCAGAAGAUGCAGUAACUGAUAAAAAGACUUCUUCAGAUGAAAUUCAAGAAGAACCUCUCAAAGAAGAAGUUUUAAUAGCAGAUAAAGAAAAAACUAAAACUACAACCAAGCAAGUUGUUGGCGACACCAUAAAAGAAACUGAAAAAAUUGAUGCAACUUCAUUAAAAGGAGAAACAGUAACUAUAGGUGAGGAUGCUAAGCGUCAGUCUGUUACUUCCAUGGGAUCUGGUUCUGUUAGUGAGUUGCGGCUAGAAGAAAAGAGACUAUCCGAUGCACACAGCAUUACUGAGUCAAAAGACUACACCUUUGAAGAAUCGGAAGACGAUAUAGGCUUACAGGGAAUAGAUGCUAAAGAAAAGGCUGGGAGUAAACAAGAAGUUGAAUUUAAAAUUAAGUCAUCUGAAAAGCCAACUGAACUUUUAAAAUUAGCAAAAUUGACACAUGGAGAUUCGUUAGACGAUGUAGAAGGUUUUCCGGAAGACCACGUAGCUGAAUAUGUUCACAAACUGCCACACAUCGAAGAAACAAGUUCUGUAUCAGACAAACAAAUAACUAACCAGUUUCUAAGUCAAGAACGCGAAGAACAGAUCAAACGUGAAACAGUCACAAGUGAAUCUAAAAUUACAUUUGAAAGUGUAAAUAUUGAAAACGUAAUGAAAACUGAGGACAAAACAGAAAUAAGUAAGUUAACUCAACAAGAAAGUGAUGAGAUUUCGAGUUCUAUUAAGUCCAAAGAAAUAUCUUCUUCAGAACCUUUAGAGUCAAUAACAAUAACUACUAAACCAGAAAAGAUACGCAUAUCAGACGACAAAAAGUUGAUAACAGAGUAUAAAAAAGGACCUGCAGGAGAAGAAAUCACAAUAACUACCGUCACAGAAAUUAUAGUUGAACCCUCUGGUGAGGAGAUUGAAAGAAUUACUGUAACUGAAUCAACUAAGUAUCCGUCUGGCAAAGAAUCUGUUUCAGUCAGAGUAUCCGAAAAUAUUAAAUCUCUAAAAACUGAAAGCAUUCUGGAAGAUUCUAAAAGUGUAGUUAGAGAAGAGCCCUCAAUUAAUGGAGAUACUGAAAAAGAAAUGAUUUUUAAAUCAUCAGCAGAUUUAGAUGAAACAUCUGAUCAAAAGGGUGUUGCAUUAUAUGAAUCUAUUCAAAGGACAGAUAAACAUAAAGAGACAUCUGAUUCAGUACUACCUGUAUCAGAGUCCCAUAUAAUAUCACAUAAAGAGGAAAUAACUCCAAAACUGACAGAGAUUAUAACCUCGAAAGAUAAAUAUUCCGCAGACAAAGAUAUUUUAUCCACGAAAGUAUCGGAAAGUGUUACAUUCCACAAGGUAGAAAAAGCUACCACUAUUUUACCUAAAACAAAAGAUGGUUCUUCAGAAGAAGUAGUAGAAAAGAUAAUUUUGAAAGAGGAUACUGAGACUGAUACAACUAUAAAACCAAAAAUUAAAGAUAGCUCAACUUCUGAAAAACAAACACAACCUCACGAACCUUUGCUAGAUACAAAGACUGAGCAUUUUCUGAGUUCUUCUCAAAAAGAAGAAAAAAUUCCAGAACCAGAAAAAGUUCCUCAUGAAGACAAAAAUACAGAUACCGUUAUAGAAACUAAAAUAGGAGAGGAAGGGGAACAAAUAACUAUUACCACAGUAACGGAAACAUUAGAGGGUUCUUCUGGUGAAGAAAUACUCAAAGUCACUGUAACCGAAGCUAUCAAAUAUCCUUCAGGAAAAGAAGCUAAGUCCACGAAAAUUUCAGAAUGCGUAAAAACUGAAAAAAGGGAUAUUGUCUUUCUGUCAGAAAAAUCUGAUGUAAGUGAUCUCUUUACUGAUUUAGAUAAAAAGGUAGAUGCAAUUACUACUUUGGAAAAGACAGAAGAAAUAGGUAAAAUUCCUGCAGAAGACGAAAAAACUACAACUACAACAGAGACAGUGAUAGGUCCUUCAGGAGAAGAAAUAACUACGACAACAGUAAUAUUAACAAAAAUACUACCUACUGGCGACAGAGCUGUGAAAACAACCAUCACUGAAACUAUAAAAUAUGCCUCAGGCCGUCAAACAGUUUCAACUAGAGUCUCUGAAAGUAUUGAGUCUCAUAAAAAAGUAGUAUUCACAACAUCAGCAUCGGAAACAUCACAGUCUGAUCUCGAAGAUAAAAUACAAAGUAUGAUAUUGGAAUCUGCUAACAUACCAGAUGAAAAAGACACUUUAGUAGAUACCAAAGAAGAAACGCAGGUAGGUAAUGCUGGUGAAACAAUAACAACAACGGUAAUAACUGAAAAAACUAAAAUACCUGGAGGUGAAAAGGUUAAAACUACCACUACUGAAGUAACAAAGUUUCUAUCUGGAGAGGAGUCUAUAUCAACCAGGGUGUCAGAAUCUAUUAAAACAUAUGAAGAAGAAAGCAAAAUAGUAGCUAUAAAAGAAUGUGCUGAGCACGAAACAGUAAUUCAAACUAAGCAUGAAACAGAUAAAUUAAGAGAUUUUGACAAAGAAACUGAAUCUAAGAGUAAAACAGACGAGAAAGUAUUCGAUUCUGAAAUAUUAACUAUGUCAGAAAGUGAAAAAAAGAGUAUGCCAAAAGAGCUUCAUUUUAAAGAUACCCAAGAAAUAACUAAAGAUCAAGUGAAACCUGUGAUAGAUGAUAUAUUACAGAAAGGUUCUAUAGUGGCUGCAGCACGAAGUCCUAUUAUUGAUAAAGAUAUAAAAAUUGGUAGUAAAGAAAUACUUGAAACUGAAAAAAGAUCUUACGAUGCAAAAGUACCUCAAAAAGAAGAACGUAGGCAUUCUUGUAUUAGUCCAGCUAUUUCUCUUGAAAGGAUUGCUGAAUCUGAAGUUGAAAUGGAAGAUGAAGUAGAAAAGUUAGCUCCUGAUACCACACAAAUUACAAAAGAGGAUGAUAUAAAAAUUGAAAUGAAAAAAUCUGAUUCAGCUAUGAAGCAAAUGGCUGACAAUAUUGAAAUAAUUAUUAAACAAGCAUCUGAAGACUUAGAUUUAUCAUCCGAAGAACCUAUAUUUGAAGAUAAGGAAGCAAAAGAAUUGCAUGGCGAAGUUUCCGUUGAUUCAAUCAUAGAGGAAGCCGUUCAAACAGUUGAGGGUUAUUUAGAUGAAACAGCAGACAAAGCGCCUGAGGAAAUAGAUGUUAAAGUUAAAGAAGUAGUAUUUGAUGACACAAAUCUACCAAAAGAAAGACCAGGAUUAAUCAAAUCACUUUCUAGAGAUAGCGGAGAAAUUUUAAUAAUGCCCAAGAAAAAACAACCUAGAACAUUUUCAGUUCAAAGUUCGCCGGACGAAGUAGAAGAACAAAUUUAUACAGAUUCUGAAUCAGACAUGGAUAAGGCGAAGGUGUUAGAAAUUAUUGAGCCAACAUCCGAUGUCGAUGGGAAACUUCCCGCUUCUAGUUUUGAUAUUAAAAAAAUUCGCACUGAUUCACUUGAUGAUGCUGAUGACUUCCCAGACAAAGAGACUGAAUACUUUGAAGAUGGUGGAAAAUACGAUGACACUGUAGCUUUCAGUACGAGCACUUUUAAAGACAAAGGUCAACAAGAUGAAUCUGUUCAAAGCUCUGAAAUACAGCAAGAUCUUGAUGAUGAUAAGCUCGCUGAUAAAUUUGUAAAGAAGACUCAUAUAAGCGAUAGUAUUCUGCGAUCAGACUUAGUAUCAAAAUCUACAACGGAGUCAUCAGUAACGACUGUUAUUUCAACAUUAACAAAGUCAUCCGAUGAGGAUCAAAAAUCUGUUUUGGAAGACGCAACUUCCGCAGAUUUAUCCAGAAUCAGUGGAGCAGAUUUAAUAAAAGAUCCUUCUAAAACCUCUAUGGAUACUAAGGACGAAUCGAAAAUUGAAGAUCAAUCAGAAGAUCGAGGAACUCCGGAUUUAUCUAAGAAAUCAAUGGAUUUAACCAAAGACUACUCCAAAUCUUCAAUAGAUAGUAAAGACACGUCCCGAGACUUUGCCUCUAAUGAACUAUCAAAAGAUUCCACUGUAGAUCUCACUAAGGAUUAUUCGAAGGCUUCAAUAGACAGUAUAAAGGAAUCUUCGAGAUCAAUAGAUGAAAAAACAUUUUCAGAAGAACAAUCAUCGUUUGAUUUUUCUAAAACGCUGGCUUCAGACGCCUCAGAUGGUAUCAGUAAAUGUAAAGAAUUUAUCGAUGAAGAGAGAUCCACUUCUAAAGUUAUUCAUAUUUCGACUAGCUCAUCUCAAGAAACGUCGAUAUUGACGGAAAGUAAAUUGUUUAGUGAUCACGAUGAUAGAUCUCUUGAGAAAACUAAAACGUCAGAUAAGACUGAAGUGGAGAAAGAUUUACUUGAUGAUAUAUUGGAAGGUAAUCAAGAAAUAGAAGUAAAGGAUACAAAAGUCUCAGAUGAAGAACAAGAAUCAGAAGUUAAGAAAAAGAUAACUUUUGACGAAAAAAAGGAAGAUUUGGAUGAAAAAUACGAUGAAUCAGAGGUUCCUGAUAUAUCAGAAUUAAAUAGAAGAUGCUCGAAUUUACUAGAAGAUAUUUCUGCGCAAGGCGCUGUUAUAAGGAUUGAUACAAGUCACGUUGUGCACGAUCUUUCCUCAAAAUUCUCAAAGACGCCGCCGCCGUCCCCUGUAGAUUUAAUAAUGAAAGAGAGGAUGAAAACAGAUGAGAGUACUAUUGAUAAACACACUGGGCUACAACCUAAAAGUUCAGAAUCAUCAUUUUUGGACGCAAGCCGACAAUCACCAAGAGCGUCUUCAGCUGGCGAUAGCUUAAUAAGUGAAACUGAAGCUCAUCAAAGCGAAAUAUUGACAGAAGAUUUUAAAGCAUCUACUGCGAUUGAUAGAUCAAAAUCACCAACAAAACACUUAGCCGAUAAUAUAUCGUUUGUCAACGUCGAUAAACCAACAAUAACAAGUGGUGCUAUAGAAUUAGUUGACCGGACCAUUGAGAAAAGUAUGGAUGUGAUUGACCAAAUUAAGAAAGAAAUUGAAGAUGAAAUGCACAAGUCAACUUCUUCAGAUACAUUUUACUCAGAGUCAAGAAUUGAAACUUCUACGUCGUCUUCAUCUAUUCACAAAACUGUAGAAGGAACUCAACUAAAGUUUCAGAGUAUUGAUCCAGAAGCAGUUAUGUCAGAUAUGAUUUCCAAGUUUGGCACUUCAGGUGAAUAUAGCACGGUACUUUCCCAUAAAGAGACAGAAACGAAGAAGAUUUCAGGGCAAGAAUAUUUCUCAGAAACAAAACAAAUAUCAUCAUCUGACGAUGAUUCACUUAUAAUUAAGACAGAAACUAGUCAUGAGUUGCGAGGUCAAGAACAUGAAGUAAAAGAAAAGAUGACUGUUAAAAAAGAAGGGGACCAAACAGAAACAUCUCAAAAGAAAAUGGAAAAAGCCCAUGAAGCAACGGCUAAGAGAUCUGAUGUAGAAACAAAAACAGUAUUUAAAAGUACUGAUGAUACUGAUCUAGUCACUGUAGAAAGGGAAUUUUCCGAACAGGGCCUUUACACAGGAAGACAAACAAAAUCGGAAGAGAAAAUGACAGCUCUAAAGGAUGAGACCAUUAAGAAAACACAUGAAGUAAAAAUCUCAGAAAGAGACCUUUCUCAUGAACAAUGGGGAAAAGAAUAUUUCACGCAGCCAGGAGAACUAGAAGAAAUAAAAGAGGAUGAAGAUUCAAAAUCAAGAAUAGCUUUUGUGGAAUCAAGCCUAAAGAUUAUUGAGAAAGAUGAAAUUGUUUCUAGUGUUGAAUUGUCUGAAAAAGGACAAGUUGUGAGUUCAAAAGUGGAACACCAUAAAGAAGAAUCAGUGAUUGAAAGUAAGGAACACGAUGAUCUAAGUUCAGAUGCUUCUCAUAUACCAAGUUUUAAGAGUGAGGCAACAGAUAGAAGAGACUCUUCUGAAUCGAGUCCUAAAAGUAAAUCAAAAUCAUUUAAGAAAGACAACGAAGUAUAUGAGGUGGAUUUCAUAAAAGAAAUUAAAAUAUCAACUUCACCUGUUAAAAGUUCCUUUAGCCGGACGGGUAGUCAAGAUACGCAUUCGGAGUCUGAAGUGGUGCCAGAACUGCCUCAUGAUGACAAAACAAGUGACACACCAAAGAAAGAAACGGUUUUAAAAUCACCUGUAAAAUUGCCUCAUAGUGAAGAUUUAAUACUCGAAGUAUCAGUUGCUGGGGAGGCUUCCAGCGUUGAUGAUAGCUUGGCAUUUACCAGUAUGCCUGAAUUCGCAUCCGGUAUAUCGUCAAGUAUUGUAACAAAAAGCAGUGAAUUAGAUAUGAUUGAAACUAAAAGUGUAACUACUGAAACUAAAACAACAAAAUUUGAUAUGUCACCGAGUACUUUAGAAGUAUCAGAUGAUAUGAGUACAAUUUCCAAAGAUUUGAUGAUAAAAUCUGGUGAAAGUAUUGACACUGAAUGUAUGGUAAAAUCUCUAGAAUAUCAUGAAGGCGAAAUUUUACAGAAAUCAAUGGAUUCAACAGUUAGUGCUGAAACAUUACAUGCAUCUGAAUUUUCAACUGAGGCAGAUUCAGCUUUUUUGACUGGAACAGAUCAUAAAAAAGAAGAAAUUAAAUUAAUGAAAGAAAAAAGUACAGAAGACAUUUGCAGUAGUGGCUAUGACACCGAUUUUUCCUCUGCCGAGUUUCACGGAAUGAAACUUGAGACUGACAGGGUAGCUUUAGACUCUUUAAUAUCAACACAACCUCUUGCUGACUUAUCAGUUUUAGAAAAAACUAUCGAUGAAGUUAAGCAAUCACUAGAAGCAGCACAAGUUGAAAUAAUUAGUGAAAAAAGUGACGGAAGUAUUAAGUAUAAGCAAUCUCCAUCUGAAUUUCAAUUUAAAAUUCUAAUAAGUCCUGACAGACCUGAAGUUAUUAAGGAAGAACCUCAUCAUGUUGAGGCGCAUGUAGAUAAAUCUGUUGAUCGAUUAGAUGAUACUAUUGAUCAAAUUCAAAAAGAUGAGAAAUUAUCAGAUUCUAGUUUUAAAUCGGACAGUGUAUCUCAAAGAAUUAGUUCUCAAGAAGAAACCACUUUCUCAGAUGAAGACAAGGAUACGAUACAUCUAAAAGAACCUAGCCCACCAUUAGAAGGUGAUUUAUCUAUAAGGUCAGACAGUGGACCCCAUUCAAUAUUAGAUACGGAAAGUGAAGGAUUAUCUGACAGAAACGAUUCAUCGAAGGGCAGCCCUGAAGUUAAACUAAGGGCACCUAAGCAUAUCAAAUCGCAAUUAGGAAUAAUAGAAAGGCGAUCUGCAUCAGAAAUAGAAAGUUGGUCUAGUUCAGGUGAAAGUCAUUAUCAUAGUUUUGAACACUCUGAAAGUCGACCUUUAUCUUCUGAUGUUGAAAUAAUGAUGACUGCGCAGAGUGGUACUGACUAUGAAACAGCUCUCACUAGCCAUGAUAUAUCUUCUCAAUCUCUGAGAACUUCCAAAGAUUAUUAUACGGCUGGAAGUUCUUUAGCUUCAAGAGACAGUAUGAAAAGCCUUGAUUCAGAUGGUUCUAGUCAUGUAGCGAGUAUAGAUAUAUCAGAUGCCUCUGAAACACUUGUACCAUCAGCUAACGAAUUGAAGGAAGAGUUACUGGAGAGUAGUACUUACGUUGAACAAUUUCUUCAUGAAUCAGAGAAAGAGCAAAUAUCUAAACUAAAAGAAAUUAGUGACGAGGAAAUUUCUGGUGAAGAUGAAGAAAUUAAAACAGAUAACAUUGAACCACUAGGUAAAAUGAAGAGGUCGCAUGAAAUGCGUUUUCAACCCAAAGAUAUGAUACCUGAGCAUUUUCCACCUUCAGGUACUUCAGAAAGUACCGAGUUUGAUGACGAUUCAUUAAAAGAUAAGGAAGGAUCUGAUACUACUAUUUCAAGUCAAUUAAAAACUGAUGAAACUUUAUCAUCAUCUAUUUCAAAACUCGACAUGUCUUCUUCUCAGUCUCAGAUAGAUUUAGAUAAAGAAGAAAUACAAGAAACUAUAACUAAAUCAUCGGUUGAUAGUGACCAUGCUGUUCCAUUCUCCGUCACCAAAAUAGAAAAACCUAAAAGAGAAUUUGUGGAUUUAGAAAGUGAAAUCAUUCCUGUUGGCUCGGCAGAGUAUGAACAAAUAGAGAAAUUUGGUAGUAUAACUACUGAAGAAUUGAAAACUUCGCAGGAUGAUACUUUAAUUAAAACUAUUGUAAAAAUGGAUGAAAGUAUACCUAUGACUUCAGAUUCGAUUCAUUUAGAAUUAGAAGAAAAAAUUGUUAAAAAAGAAGUUCAAGAUAUAAGCACUAUUCCUUUCCCUAUUGCUGAAAAACCACCAAGUCAAAGGGAGUUUGUUGAUGUGGAAGAAGAUAUAAUACCUGUGGGAUCCAAACAAUAUGAAGAAAUAUUAAAAUCGAAAAGUGAUUCUUCUGUGCCUAAAACUAAAGUUGAGAAAUCGGGCGUUAAGACACCAGAAAGUCAAUUAGAAAGUAAACAAAGUUCAACUUCAAGUUUAAAAACUCACGAACAUCUGUCCACACCGCACACGCCUUUAUCAGCACCUAGUCAAAGUUCUUUGUCUACUGAAAAUGGUCGAGAAUAUGUUCUUGAUGACAUGUACGAUAUUUCAGAAACACCAGAGUUAAAGUCUGAUUUAGUUACUGAAAGUAGUAGAUCUGAACUUCUAAUAACUACUGAAGAAAAAGCUUUGUGUACGUAUGAAAAAGAACAAGACUCUCCAACAAGUGAUGAAUUUGAAAUGGUUGACAAGCCUUGUGAAAUGGACGAUUUCGUAGUUAUAGAAGAGGUUGCUAAAGAAGCUCAAGAAUCUGAUCCAGAAGGUAAAAGUGUGCAAAUAAAAACACAAAAAUAUGUAAAACAACAUGAUACAGAAAUAGAAGAAUAUUUGUCUAAAACAACUAAGAAACAAGAAAGCUCGAGUAGUGCAUCCGGAUCCCUAUCUGAUGAAGAACUGUUACAAUAUGAGCUAGACCAAAAAAAACUACAAGCCCAAGAGUUAGCUGAAAUUGAAGCAGGCAAAAGAUGGAUACAGAUGCAGUUUGAGGGAGAUCCUAGAUAUGAUUAUGAAAGAAUUCCGUUAGAAGACAUUAAAGAAGAAGAAAUGACAGAUUUUGAUGCAAGUCGAAUAGGAAGCUUAAGCUCACAAAAAGAAUCUAUUGGUAGUUACGGCAGCUUUAGAAAUUCUUACGGAAGUCUUUCCGAGUCAGAAAUGGCCUCGCGUAUGAGAUAUAGGUUAAAAGGUGAAAACGACGAUAUAUCUAUAAGCUCGUUACAAGAAUUUGAAAAUUUGGAAAGGGCUUUGAUGGAACAAUAUCAACAACAUUCUUCAUCAUCGCAGGACUCUCUGAAUGGAUCAUUGCCUCGUCGAUAUAUUCUCAGUAAAAGUCAAGGAGAUGACAUCUCAAUAUCAAGUUUAAAGGAAUUUGAAGGACUUGAGUCAGCCUGCUUAGAAGCUUUAAAGGCAGAGUUACUUGCAAAGCAAAAAGAAGCUCUAUUAAUAGCCGAUCCUAAAGUAGUUAGCGGAAGUUUUCUCGAACAAGAAAAGCGUUCUUAUGACGAUAGCAGUAGUAGUAGCCCUCCGUUAAAAAGUGGCAGCCCAGGUCAAAAAGGUGGAAGCCCUUCCCAAAAGAGUGGAAGUCCCUCGCAAAAAGGCGGAAGUCCUUCUCAAAAAAUUGGGAGUUAUGGCAGUCCUUCGCAAAAACUUUUAGCAGAUUCAGCAGCAAUCAGAAAAAUUAUCGAUCAGCAAUUAGCAUUAGAACAACGAAUGCAGGAAGUUAAACCUAAAAUUGUAACUGUUAAGAAGUUUGAUGAUAGAGGUGCAUUUUUUGUCCCAGAACCUGAACCGGAAAAAUCAGACUCCAAAUCAAAUGAAGUUACUGAAGUAUGUACAAAAUCUUCAUCUUUCGUUUGUGCUGCUGCGCCAAGCGAUGGCUCAGCUGAAUCUAUACCAGGAGAUUGUGAAGAAAUGAUGAAAAUUUUAGAUCAAGAGGAAAAGUCCAAGAAGCUUGAGGAUGGAGGAGUGAUAGAGAUAGUUCGAACGCAGACUGUUAUCCAACAAAAGUUCAUAGAUGGUAAAAAGGUUUCCGAAACAAUAACCAGUACGGAUAGUGAAGGAGGUGUAGAUAUACCAACUAGACCAAAGCAGUACGAUGACGCCUGCAUGUCUAUAGGUUCUGAAAUGUCAUCUUCCUUAGCCUCGCAACCAUCAGAAAUGGAUAGUUUGACGACUGUUAUGGAAAGACAUCCAUCUGAUAGUGAAGUCGUAACAUUUUCGAAGCACACAAUAAUCACCUCAACGGAAAGAUGUGAAGACAAACCAGAAGACUUAGAGUUUUCAAGAGAAGGAAGUGCAGCUCGUGAACUGUCGCCCUCCUCUGGGAGGUCGAUAGCUCACAGCAUUAUUUCCGGCAAAUAUUUCACAGAUCCAGCUAGCGGUUCUUGGAGUGGUCAGGAUGAAGAAUUAAGUUCAUCAGGAAGUUUUAGCAGAGCUCGCGCCGAUCUGAUGUUAGGUAGUACGGACAGUUUGGAAGCUACUAGUUCAAACGCUACUAGAGCAACGUACAACUAUGAAGUAGACACGCCAAUGACGGGAAGUCUUACUUCUGGAGCGCGCCCUCCAGGCUCGAAUACAAUGGUCUCCUCACUCGAUACCCUGGAUCCAGUAACAGCUGUACAGAUGGAAAGUCUUGAACACCAGUCUACCAGUGAACACCACUCACAGGAAUAUGAGGUUCAUGAACCGGAUUCUGAUACAGAAAGAUUGGAAACAGAUGGUCGUUCAGACAUUCCACGUGCCAAAGAGCGCACGAUAAUGUUCGAUAGUACAGACACUCUAAGCGCAGUUAGUGCUGAUGGAUCAGUAAAGGAAGCAACGGUAGAAGCACCAGCCGCUACUUUUUACAUCGGAGACACGCCUAUAGUGAGAGGCGAUCGACAUGAAGACAUCGAGGAUGAGUCUCAACCAACACUGUCAGGCAGUUGUCCAGCAUCAUUGCCACCGGCAACACAAUCCUCACCGCCUAUUCCAGCCCAGAGAAGGUCUCUUUCGAUGAUUCCUAAACCGGUGCAGUCGAGCCUUAAUGGUACAAAGAAGUAAAAUCAAGAAAAACAUUAGAACAAUGUUUGUUUUCAUUCUACUAUUCUGUUAAUUCACGAAUAUUCAAUCCUCAGCUUCGGCUUAGCGAAUAUUGCACCGUUUGCUAACUCUGGUUGUGGAAAUAUACCUAUGUAUAAAAACAACUAUCCUUUAAAAAAUUAAAAUGAAAUUUCUAUCAAUUUUUGAUAACUGUUGACUAGUUUAGUAUUUAGCAAACUGUUAACAUCUGUUAUCUACCCCUAGAGUAUCAACAAAUGGAACUGUUUCUGAUGUACAUAAAUCCUUAACCAAAUUUUCCAUUCCCUACCCCUUUUAUAAGGAUGAAUCUAGUUUUACAGUUAACAGUUUAGUUUCGAGGUUUAUGUACAACAGGUGUCAUCCAUACUAAUGGCUAUCUAAAUCAUUUCCUACAAAACUAAAAAAAUAAAUUAAUUUACACCUUUUUGCUAUAUCUGGACUAGUAUAAGUAUAAGCAGUGAGACAGACAUAAACACUGACAUUAGAUAACUCCAUUCCAGCGUAAUAAGUCAAAUAUAAUUUGAGGUUAAAAUUCCAUAAUCCUCAAUAAUCAUCGGAAAUAUUGUUAGACAUUACAAAAUGUAUGUAUUGUGCAGAAUUUUGGAUGUAUUUUGGUACUAAAUUUUGUACUGUGCCGUCGUAUAUUCGACAUCGGUCCAUGUUACUUGACAUAUAAACCUCUAUAGAUAGCGCUUAGCUUGUUAGUCAUGAAAGUAAUCGCUUAUUCGAUGAUGUUAACACAGUAGAAGAUAUCAACUAUUUUGUAAGAGUUAAUGUAAGUAAAUUCCUUGCUGGUCAUUCUUUUGUUUUAAUGGUUUUAACAACAGAAUUGGAUGAUGAAACAAGUAACGAGUCCCGUUUUACGUGCGCAUACAACACUUUCUUGCGUCUGCAACAUUUUCCUCUACAUGAAAGUCAUCUGCAUAAAAUUGAUUGUCCAUAGAUAUUUGAGUCUCGUACGACAAUAUAAAUAUUAUAAGUAGUACUAGUACUCGUAUCUGCAGUUACACAGAGUCCGUCUAUACUUUAUUUAAGUAAUGCCAUAUCAAAUACGAAAUUACUGGAUUUUUUAUGACUACAUCAUUCAGUAGUUCAGUGAGUCUAAUACUUUUCAUUAAAUGUUGCUAAAAGGGUGUUUGUGUGCACGUCUCUCUUGGGAAAAUUAAAUUUUUCUUUCUAUAGUUUUCUCGUCACAAAAUAAUAGCCUUGUUUUGAUGUUUAGCUUAGAGACAUAUUUUAAAGAAACUAUUGACUGACGAAACAAAUUGUAUCGACUAAUCAUUUAAAAAUUAUUUACCAAAGUUCGUUAUUUUUCAUAUUAUUGCAAUAAAUAUAAAAAAAAUAUUUAUCUUAAUUAUUUACAAGAAUAGAAAAAGAAAUUAUUUCAAAAAUAAAAUAUUUAUUAAUUAGACAAUUUACUUGAGCUAUCACCGCCUAAUUUAUUUUAUUUAUCAAUGUUAGUAUUAUAAUAUAAAAAUAUUUUUUCAUUACUUGCUAAAAUAGUCUAAAAUAUCUAUUCUCUCUCUUGUCAUCUCUAAAAACAUUCUGUUUAAUCUUUAAAAAGUAUAGGACUUCUGAUUUUGUUUUAAUCAAUAUUAUGUUGCUAAAGCGUUAUCUUUUUCUGUUCUGUCUUUACGUCAAAACGAGCCUGUUGUUUCGAGACGACUAUAAUUGGUUUCAAUUCUUGCACAAUUUCUGAAAUAAUUAGAUAGGUAGAGGUACAAAAUGUAAUAUAAGAAUAACAUGUGUCAUUUCACGAUCAGCAUCAUUGUUUUAUAAAAUACUAUAAGCGUCUUUUCAAUGUGAUUGAUGAUAUUAACUAUUUCUAGUCAUUUUUCUUUAAUAUUUUGUUUUUGCUUUGUAAUUAUUUUAACUAUUGAAAAUUAUACUAUUAAGAAGUCAUAUAUUAUGCUGUGUUAUUUAUUUAUUUUAGGUCAUCUCGAUAUUUCUGUAAAUUUAUUUAUGUUAUCAAUUUAUUUUGUGUCUAUAAUUUAAGUAUUGUUGUUUUCAAUUAUUUAUUUGUUUACUUAAUUUAUGAGAUCGGUUGACUUAAGUUGAUCGUGAAUUAAUUAAUAAACGUCAACGCUUGCUCAGUUUCGAUAUUUAAAGAUUAAGUAUGUAAAUGAAUGGUAAUUAAGUAGUACCUGAGAAAUGGUACUCCAUGGAUUUGGAUGUUUUUGAAUAAAUGUUUGAGACUGAAGAUGACUAAGAGCUCGCUAACGAGAAUAACAAGCUUAUGUCAAAGCUGAUAAAACGCAAUGUGCUUCGUUAUCGGCAUAUUUAGCCGGAUAUUCAUAUGGGAAGUGUAAUUAUGAAUUGCAAUUAAUUAAUUAAAUUAAAAAUUUUAAUCUAAUUAAUUAAAUGUUAAUUAUUUUUAAUGAAAUUUAAAAUAAUAAUUUAAAUCUCAAUUAAUGAAUUAAAUUAAAUGUUAAAUAAUUAAUUAAUUUAAUUUAUCAACCAUGCUACAUUUGCGUAAGUGAACUGAUUAUUUUCUUCUCAUGUAGACAGAAAUUUUUUCCAUAUCCUUGCGAGCAAGUUUUUAUUGCGAUCAAAAUGGUCGUUUCGAAAAUCUAGUUUAAAAAACAAUACUGUAAACCCUUGUUUUAAAAAUUACUGUUAACAAUGUUCAUAAUUGAAGUUCCCAUACAAGUAUUCGGCUUUUGGUUCCAUGCGCAUUGGAAUCAUGGCUGAUAGAUAAUAAUAUCUAGUUAAUUUUGUUUAAGAAUCGGUGUGCUUAAAAUAAUGUUACUUGAUACGCCUAGUUGCCGCUUGUUCUAAAAUUUAUGACUGUUAUUGAACAAAAACAGUACUAUUCAUUUUCUCCUUAAGAUACUAAUAAUAAUUUAUAAAUUAUUUUUUAUUUUUAUAAUAAUUAUUUAUGUAUAUUGGCUGAACAAAAUAUUGUAAUUGUAGAUGAGGAUAAUUGCUUUGAUUAUGAAAAAGCAACAUAAUAAAUUAACAACACAACAGAUUAUUCUCUAAACAACAUGUUUUUUUUUUUAUAUUUCGUGGAAAAUCUAUAUAAAUAUUUACAAAAAAAUGUCCUAUUAAUUUUGAAUGUCAGCUAUCGACUAGACCAAAUUUUAUGUGUGUCUAAUGCGCUUACUUUCCUAGAUUUUUUUACAAAAUAUCUAUUAUUUUUCUUCCAACGCCAGGAUAAAGUUAGCAGUAACCUUCGGAUAUAUACCUACUUCCUUACCUUAUUUGUGUGACCCUGUACUUAUGUGGCGUAAUUAUUAUUAUUUGUUCAUUUCAUUAAUUCGUACUGUGGAGUUAACUCUCUUAAUAGUUAAUAGUUCUAAGGAAAAAAAUAGUAAGUGUAAUUUUGCUCGAUGACGUCAUGGUGUAGAACAAGCGGGAUCUACCCACAUAAUGCUAGUGCGUUGCUGUAUUAAGUUUCAAGAUCGGUUUAGUUGCCACGUUCGAUUGUUUCACGUUGUAUUUGUAAUAUUGCUGAAUAUUCUAUCGAUAAACUAAAAAUUAUUAUUGAAAUAUUGAAUAAAAACGCUAUGUCUCAUAUUUAA